AUGGCUCGGUUCGGUAGGCGUGGGUUUGCCAACGAGACCGCUGCUGCGACAGAGCGAGAAAAGGAAAUACUUCAGCAAUUGUCGCUUAUCAUCGACCCAGACCUCCACAAGGACAUAGUUACUCUAGGAUUCGUUCAAAACCUUACUAUAAGCGACGAGGGCGUCGUGGUGUUCGAUCUAAAAUUGACCACACCAGCUUGCCCUGUCCGAGAUCAGUUUAUAGAUGCUUGUACGAGAGCUUGUUCAGCCCUACCAUGGGUAACUGACGUCAAGGUAACGCUAUCGGCGAAGUCGCGAGCCGGUGGGGCCCCUGAAGUGAAGUCUGAGAAUCUCUCUAAUGUACAGAAUAUUGUAGCAGUCACCUCAUGCAAAGGCGGCGUCGGCAAGAGCAGUGUUGCUGUGAACUUAGCGUACUCAAUCGCCAAGCAUGGUGUAAAGGUAGGGAUAUUGGAUGCCGAUAUUUUCGGACCCUCCUUGCCCUACCUUAUACCCUCAACAGAAAGGGCCCCUGCUGACCCUCAACCGUAUUACCACAAUGGCGUGAAGUUGAUGUCGAUGGGAUAUAUACGACCUGGCGAGAGUGUUGCUGUCAGAGGUCCCAUGGUCAGCGGUAUGAUCCAGCAGAUGCUGACCAUGACUGAUUGGGGCCAUUUGGACUACUUGAUAAUCGACUACCCUCCAGGAACCGGUGACGUUCAACUGACGAUCGGCCAACAGGCUAAGGUGGACGCCGCCGUAGUGGUGACGACGCCUCAGCAGCUGAGUCUAGUCGAUGUCGAGAAAGGCAUCGAGCUCUUUGAUAAACUUAACAUCCCAUCCAUAGCAGUAGUAGAGAAUAUGGCCUACUUCAAGUGCCCUACUUGUUCUGAUAAACACCAAGUGUUCGGUAGAGCUGCUGAUAGCAAACACCUCGCUGAGAAGUACGGGAUUCAGAGCCACGUGGAGUUGCCCAUAGAUCCUGAUAUGGCUCGCAAUGUUGAUGACGUUAAAGCAUCGGCCUUCCCCUUCGUCUGCAAUGAGGCAUUCGAUGGCUCUGAGGCUUCCAAGGCGUUCGAGUCUUUAGCUGAUGAUGUCAUUCGAGGCGUCUCCAAGGUACUCUGA